AUGGCUACAGGUGGUCUUGCGCUCCUUCUGAACUCUGGCACGCAGCCCCAUUCCUUUGAUGGCCUCAACACGAUCGGCAAGGUUGUAUACAUUUUUGACCUGGUCGUGUUUGUGACGCUGUGUUCGUGCAUCACCUACCGCUUCGUGCGCUGGCCGCAGACGUUCCGCGAGUCGCUUACGCACCCUACGGAGUCUCUGUUCUUGGGCCCGCUGUUCUUGUCGAUGGCCACGAUCAUUUCGUGUAUGGGCCGGUACGGUGAGCCGGCGACGGGUCCGUGGCUCAUAUGGGUUCUGCGUAUCCUGUUCUGGAUGUAUGUGGCAGUUACAUUUAUUUUGGCCGUGUUCCAGUACGUGGUGCUGUUCACGUCGCCGAAGCUCAAGUUGAUUGAUAUGACGCCUGCGUGGGACUUGCCGAUCUUCCCCUUCAUGCUUAGCGGUACCAUUGCAUCCGUCACAGGUGGCAUGCAGCCACCGGAGCACGCCGUGCCCAUUCUCGUUGCUGGUAUUACCGCGCAGGGUCUUGGCUUCACCAUUGCCACGCUCAUGUCCGUGCUGUAUGUCCGGCGCAUGAUCGAGUUUGGUCUGCCUCCGCCUGCUGCGCGCCCCGCCAUGUUUAUUGCGGUGGGCCCGCCGAGCUUCACGGCACUUGCUCUGUUUGGUAUGGCCAAUAACUUCCCGCGGGACUACAUUAACUACUUCAGCUACUACCUGCCCUUCGGCUUCAGCGGCCCUGGCGAGGCAUUCAGCAACGAGCAGCAGCAACUGAUUGGCGUCCAGAUCACCGUGACGCUGGCGAUCUGGGUAGCCGUAUUCAUCUGGAGCAUGGGCGUCUGGUUCUUCUGCGUCGCGCUCAUUUCUACGCUCAUGGUCGCGCGCCAGCUCAAGUUCAAGCUCAACUGGUGGGCAUUUGUUUUCCCGAACACAGGUCUCACCAUUGCCACGAUCACGCUUGCAAAGGCCUUCCGCAGCGAGGGUUUCAAGUGGGUCGGCAGCAUCAUGAGCAUCUUGAUUGUCGCUACGUGGCUCUUUAUCUUUGUUAUGCACGUGCGUGCCAUUUUCAUGAAGCAGAUCCUCUGGCCGGGCAAGGACGAGGACGUACUACAAGGGUCGUCGGCGGGAUAG